GUCAAAAUAAAGCAAUAUUGCUACUGUUUAAAUCUGCAUGUAAUAAUGUUUCCAUAGAGGACAAUUUCAGACAUCUUUGUACUAGUCUUCCUGGGUUUUGGAAAGACACCAGCUUGGCAAGCAGGAAAAUGACAGGGCAGUACUGAAAAUAUCUAGUCUGGGACAAUCUUACUGUCACCACACAGCAGGUUUGCACAGAAGCAAAGUUGGACAGGAGACUGCCCAGUUUUCUUAAUGGUUUGCUUGCACGAAUCACUGCUUGACAAACUUUCAGUACCAAGUUAUCUAAAGCCUUCAAAAUGCCUCCACGACCAUCAUCUGGGGAACUAUGGGGCAUCCACUUGAUGCCACCGAGGAUCCUUGUGGAGUGUCUUCUCCCAAAUGGAAUGAUAGUGACUCUAGAAUGCCUCCGUGAGGCCACCUUACUAACUAUUAAACAUGAACUCUUUAAAGAAGCAAGAAAAUACCCUCUUUAUCAACUCCUUCAAGAUGAAUCUUCUUACAUUUUUGUAAGUGUUACACAAGAAGCAGAAAGAGAAGAAUUUUUUGAUGAAACGCGGAGACUUUGUGACCUGCGAUUAUUUCAGCCUUUUCUAAAAGUCAUCGAACCAGUAGGUAACAGAGAAGAAAAGAUUCUUAAUAGAGAAAUAGGUUUUGCUAUUGGCAUGCCUGUCUGUGAGUUUGACAUGGUUAAGGAUCCAGAAGUACAAGACUUCAGAAGAAACAUUCUUAAUGUUUGCAAAGAAGCAGUGGAUCUCCGAGAUGCAAAUGCACCGCAUAGUAGAGCAUUGUACGUCUGUCCUCCAAAUGUAGAGUCUUCAUCUGAGCUCCCCAAACACAUAUACAAUAAACUAGAUAAAGGGCAAAUUAUAGUGGUGAUAUGGGUAAUAGUCUCACCAAACAAUGAUAAGCAGAAAUACACCUUAAAAAUCAAUCAUGACUGUGUGCCUGAGCAAGUUAUUGCUGAAGCCAUUAGGAAGAAAACACGAAGUAUGUUGCUGUCAACUGAACAACUAAAGCUUUGUGUCUUGGAGUACCAGGGCAAGUAUAUUUUAAAAGUUUGUGGCUGUGAUGAAUACUUGCUAGAAAAAUAUCCACUGAGCCAGUAUAAGUAUAUAAGAAGCUGUAUAAUGCUUGGUCGCAUGCCCAAUCUGAUGCUGAUGGCUAAGGAGAGCCUGUACACCCAACUACCACUGGACACCUUUACAAUGCCAUCUUAUUCCAGGCGUAUCUCUACAGCUACACCCUACAUGAAUGGAGAAGCUACAGCCAAAUCCCUCUGGACUAUAAAUAGUGCUCUCAGAAUAAGAAUCCUCUGUGCAACCUAUGUAAAUGUGAACAUUAGAGACAUUGACAAGAUCUAUGUUAGAACAGGUAUCUAUCAUGGAGGAGAACCUUUGUGUGACAACGUGAAUACUCAAAGGGUACCUUGUUCUAAUCCCAGGUGGAAUGAAUGGCUGUCGUAUGACAUGUACAUUCCUGACCUUCCCCGCGCCGCUCGGCUCUGCCUUUCCAUCUGUUCGGUUAAAGGCCGGAAGGGUGCGAAAGAGGAGCACUGCCCAUUAGCUUGGGGAAAUAUAAACAUGUUUGACUACACAGACACUCUCGUCUCUGGGAAAAUGGCUUUGAAUCUUUGGGCAGUACCUCAUGGACUGGAGGAUUUGUUGAAUCCUAUUGGCGUUACUGGAUCAAAUCCAAAUAAGGAAACUCCAUGUUUAGAGCUGGAAUUUGAUUGGUUUAGCAAUCCUGUAAAGUUUCCAGAUAUGACGGUGAUCGAAGAACACGCCAAUUGGACAAUAUCUCGGGAACUGGGGUUUAACUACAGCUAUGCGGGGCUGAGUAACAGAAUAGCUAGAGAUAAUGAAUUAAGAGAAAGUGACAAGGAGCAACUGAGAGCCAUAUGUACACGAGAUCCUUUGUCUGAAAUCACUGAGCAAGAGAAGGACUUCCUCUGGAGCCACAGACACUACUGUGUGAAUACUCCAGAAAUUCUGCCCAAAUUACUUUUGUCUGUUAAAUGGAAUUCUAGAGAUGAAGUGGCCCAGAUGUACUGUUUGGUAAAAGAUUGGCCUUCAAUCAAACCAGAGCAAGCAAUGGAGCUUUUGGACUGUAAUUAUCCAGAUCCAAUGGUGCGAGCUUUUGCAGUCCGGUGUCUAGAGAAGUCCUUGACAGAUGACAAACUGUCUCAGUACUUAAUCCAGCUAGUACAGGUUCUCAAAUAUGAACAGUAUUUAGAUAAUCAGCUUGUGAGGUUUUUACUCAAGAAGGCACUGACCAAUCAAAGGAUAGGACACUUCUUCUUUUGGCAUUUAAAGUCUGAAAUGCACAAUAAAACUGUAAGUCAGAGGUUUGGUUUGCUUCUGGAGUCCUACUGUCGAGCAUGUGGAAUGUACCUAAAGCAUCUGAGCAGGCAGGUGGAAGCUAUGGAGAAGUUGAUUAACCUCACAGAUAUUCUCAAGCAGGAAAAAAAAGAUGAGACCCAGAAGGUACAGAUGAAGUUUCUUGUUGAACAAAUGAAACGGCCAGAUUUUAUGGAUGCUUUGCAAGGUUUUAUCUCUCCUCUUAAUCCUGCACAUCAACUGGGAAAUCUUCGGCUUGAGGAAUGCAGGAUAAUGUCCUCUGCAAAAAGGCCCUUGUGGUUGAACUGGGAAAACCCAGAUAUUAUGUCUGAAUUGUUAUUUCAGAACAAUGAAAUAAUCUUUAAAAAUGGAGAUGACUUGCGUCAGGACAUGCUGACACUUCAGAUUAUUAGAAUUAUGGAAAACAUCUGGCAAAAUCAGGGUCUUGAUCUUCGGAUGUUGCCUUAUGGUUGUUUGUCCAUUGGUGAUUGUGUGGGGCUCAUUGAGGUGGUGAGGAGCUCUCAUACAAUCAUGCAGAUCCAGUGUAAAGGAGGCUUAAAAGGAGCGUUGCAGUUCAACAGCCAUACAUUGCAUCAGUGGCUCAAGGAUAAGAACAAAGGAGAAAUGUAUGAUGCAGCUAUUGACUUGUUUACACGUUCUUGUGCUGGCUACUGUGUUGCUACAUUUAUACUGGGCAUUGGUGAUCGCCACAAUAGUAACAUCAUGGUCAAAGAUGAUGGACAACUGUUUCACAUUGACUUUGGACACUUCCUUGACCACAAGAAGAAAAAAUUUGGUUAUAAAAGAGAGCGUGUGCCAUUUGUCUUAACACAAGACUUUUUGAUAGUGAUAAGUAAAGGAGCCCAAGAAUGUACCAAAACAAGAGAGUUUGAAAGGUUUCAGGAGAUGUGUUAUAAGGCCUAUCUAGCAAUUCGGCAGCAUGCCAAUCUCUUCAUAAAUCUUUUCUCCAUGAUGCUUGGCUCAGGAAUGCCAGAGCUGCAGUCCUUCGACGAUAUCGCGUACAUCCGAAAGACCCUUGCAUUGGACAAAAGUGAGCAGGAAGCUCUUGAGUACUUCAUGAAGCAAAUGAAUGAUGCUCACCAUGGUGGCUGGACAACAAAAAUGGACUGGAUCUUCCACACAAUAAAGCAGCAUGCUUUGAACUGAAAUGAAAGCAAAGAACACAAGAACUGAUGGCCCGCUUUGUGGGAACUGCACUGUUAAUACCCCUUAGCAGCAAAGACUGGUUGCAUAGGAAUUGCACAAACCACGAACAACAUUAGCAUUUAUGGCAAGGAAAGAGAUGAACUCUUCAGACAACUGUCAAAAAAUAAUGUAAAACAGGGUUUCAGAUAGCACUAAAAUUGUACACUUCAAAAAUUAAGCUUUAGUAUGAUGUGUGACUUCAUGUUAUGCCUUAAGCCCGAAAAGGUAGACUUGGAAGAGUGUUUCCUUUUUCCAUUUGGUAGGAUACAUUAGAAGGAGAAAGAAAAUAGUGCUAGCAUGAACAUAGAGUCCAUCACAUAUUACCUUAGGUCUGGUACAGCAGUAGGGACUAUGCUGGAUUGAGUAGAGUGGGAAGAAAAUUCAAGGGAUAGUGAACAUUUAAAUGCAGCAUAGUUUGAAGGGAGAGAGGUUUUAUUAAGCUCAAAGAUCUAAAAACAAUAGUGAGAGGACAGUGCCUUUUAAAUGUGCUCAGAGGCAUGAACAUUUACUGGGUUGAGAUGACCCUUUGAUUUCUGGGUCUGUCAUCUGCACAGUUUUUGAAAGCAGUAGGAAAUAGGCCCAUUCAGUAUGGUGUUUCUUCUGCUCAGUAUUUCUAGGGGUGCAAUUCAUACCUUCACAAAGAAACUCCCUAUCAUCCCCAAAAACUGACUAACCUGGAAAUUGAAUGGUCAGAAUUGGGUAUAGUGCAACAGAGUGUUGUAGUGUUCAUACUAGGUUUGCUUUAAUCUAACUUGAACUGAAUAGAUUUUUUUCAUACAUGUUUUCCAGAACCUAAAGAAAGGUGAGUUAUUAAAAUUAUUGAAAGAUUAUUUUUUUAUAAAGGCUAUUUAUAUAAUAGGAACUAUUAUUAAUAUAUAUUCUUUAUUUACAUGAUUUGUCCAAUAUUCACUCUUAAUUUUGCAGCCCAGUUCUAUCUGUCCAAGACUCCCGUUUCCAUUAAUGUCACUGCAGGUGACCAGAUAUACUCCUAGGACCAAAUUCAACCCUGGUGAAAGAGGACACAAGUACCAUUGAAGUAGUGGGAGACAGACUCACUAAUGCCAGAGGUGAACUUGGCCUAAGUUUCUUCAAAAUUUUUUGGGCAUCACUCUUCACGUUUCUGAAGUGAUAUGCUGGCUAUUCAAGGAACCUUCAUUUAAACCCUCAAUCUUUGGGUCCACCGUUUCUCCUCUUUCUUCCUCCCUUGGAAGUGGUUGUUUAAUCCAGUAACAGAAGAAUCAGAAAUAGCAAUUUAGAUUUUCAAUAUGAUCAAUAAUAAGCAGUUCAACAUACAGCAGAUGUGCUGGCUAGCUCAAAGCAUGCAGAGUUACCAAACGUUUUAUAGCUUUGUCUGUUUUGUGUGUGCUUGUGUGUAAUAUGUAUUUGUAAAUCUAGUUGUUGUCCUCUUACACAAUUCCAACAUGUGCAAUUGAUUAAAUUGGCACCACUUCUUGAAACUGUUCAAAGUACCGAGGAUUUCAGAUUGCCCUUAUGCACAACUUCAGGUAGGACUGUUUUUCUAAUUAUUAAACAGGUUUUUGAAUUAGUGAAGCCCAUGAUUCUGAGGGUCGUGUUCACCCUGACAUUUUAAACUUGCUAGAUUGGCAGCACUUGGAGUGAAUUCCAAAGGUCUGGGGCUUUUGGAGGUUCAGCUCGUUCACUUGCAAACACGUGCCAAGGUGCCACUCAAAGUGCAAUACCACAUGUAAUAUAAAAUAUGUUGACAGCUGGUUUUAGAUUAGAAUAUAAGUAUAUAAAUAAACUGUACUUUGUGCAGGCUGUACUGAUGAGGCAAUGAGUGGUUGGCUUCAUUGAGCAAACUGUAAUAUACUAAAAAUGUGCAAUCAGUUACAUUAUGAAAGACUUCGGGGAUUGUAAAGCCAAGACUUGGUUUUCCAAGACGCUUUCAUAGUCAAGAUCCUGCAGUUGAUCACUGCAUAUGUGGAUACUUGAUGUUGUGGGAGGAAACCUGUUUUUGUGAAAACUACAGAAGUUCCAAUAAUAGUAUGGGGGGAAUGUGAAGUGUUAUUUCCUUCUACUAAAUAUUUUGGAAUAGUCCAAUAGACUUCUCAUUACUCUGUUUUUUGACUGUUACAUAUUCCUUUCUGUUCAUAAGAAUAUUUUGACUCCUGCUAACCUUGGUCAUACUUUCUAGAGCAAAAUUACCCUUGUAUAUAUUACUUUGCAGUCAACACACUCUAAUGGUUUAGCUCUUUUACACAUGGCUUAGUUUCAGUUUAAAUUUGGUUCACAAAUCUGAAACCCUGUUGGCUGUAACUCUUAAUUUAACUGAGUAAAACCUGUACAAAUGCCACAUUAGGUGCUAUAUUAUCCUUAUUUAUCUGGUAUUGAAACAAUGCUUUACCUCAUUUAUCUAAGAGAUGGUCAGCCUUUUCUAGCCUGGAUGAAAAGAUCAACUCAAAUUUAUUGGAUGUUAUGAGCCCAACUUCUUUUGUAAUUUGCCCUUUCGUAGGCAUUUACUUCUGUAAAUAGAAAUGUCUUUCAGAUCAAGUAUUCCAUGUUCUGCACCCUUUUUUGCACAGAGAACCCAGGCUCUGUUUCCAAAAGUCAUGCAACUACAUGCUGUGCACAGGCUGUAGGAGUUAAGAACAUCAAAUAGUAAAAGAAAAGCAACUUCAUAGUGAUACAGACACAAUGUGAUUUGGGAUAAUUGUAGCCUUUAAAUACUAAAACAAAACACCAACUUGGGAGAAGCUGAUGGGCUUUAGCAGUUGUUCUUACCAUAACCAGGAUGGGCAUUUGGAAAACAUUCUGCCAGUGUUUCAGGAGAAAAUAAAAAAAGGAAAUCCUUUUUUAAGCUUCAAAGUGUUCAGCCCUAAUUACCUUACUGUAUUAUGCCAGUUUUGUGCUGAUGUAACUUCACUGAAGAUAGUGGAGGUUCUGUUCACUUACAUUGGUGUAAAUGAGAGGAUGUCGCCUGUUCUCAGUGUUAGAUGAUCUGCUUACAGACUGAAAGCACCUGUAACUGAGCUUUAGACUUUGUUACAGAGAUUGCUUGGAAUUUGGAUUUUCAUUUUUGAACUAUUUCCACUUCAUGCAGAUUUGAAAAUGUUCCCUUUAUUCUGAGAAUCAGCUACAUAAAACACUAAGUAGCUUAUUUUGAGCUUGAACUGUAUCUGAACACCUUGCUCCUGCAGAACUUUGUAGUAGGACAGCCAGAGCAAGGAGCCCAGGAUGGGGCCACAUGUUUUAUUACAGAGCAUUAGGAAAUGGUGAUUUAGUGAAAUGCAAAUUUAAAAACCAGUCACUUUUUCAACUGUGAAGCUAUGUUUGAUUUAAUGACAGAACAGGCUGCUGCUGAUUUAGCUUGUCUUAAAAAUAUAUUCUUUGCUUUCCUAAAGAUAGCAUAAAAAGCACCUGUACUGACCUAUAAAUGCACACUUUUCUGUCCUGAAAGGGUGCAUUAGUCGUUUUUCAUAGGUGAAAUGGACUUUAAGUAUAACUUCUAAAAUAAUAGAAAGCAUUUAAAGGAAACCAAAAUUGUUAGAAGUUUGGCAUCUUGUGGAGGAGAUCCAAGCCUGCCUAGUAAGGGCAAUAUAGAAAUCACCAAGCUUGUAGAGAACUUGGUAUGUGUUAACUGGUGGUGUAGAGGGUUGGUUAUGGUUUUUUCCAACUUCACUUUUAAUGUAAAAUACUAAAUGCCCUUUAGUGGUCAGUAGCCUGUGUUUUUGACAAUUUGAAGAUAUUUUCUUUGCUUUGUCAUUUUAUAACUGGCAUGUUCUAAUGUCUGUUCUUAGUAAUAAGUGUCAGUUCCUCCUGUUUUGCAUGUCUGUACAGGUUGCAGACCUGGGCUGGACCCAUUUGAAAAACAAUUAUCAAAAAAAGCCACUUGAAAUUACUGUUUUGUUGAUGAUUUUGACAUCUUUAAAAUGCUUCAAGUUAAUGAAAAUGGUGUGGUAUUACAGAAAGAAUUGUAUCUUGCUGCUUCUAAGAUUUAUUUUUUUUAAACUUCCAUUGUUCUUUCUCUUGUUUUAGUUUUACUUGAAUGGAAGAAAAGAACCACACUUGUUUGGUUUUGUUGGUUGUUUUGGUUGUUUUUUAAAUACUAUAUAGCUGUGGAUGUUGUUGCAGAUUGUUGAAUCCCAACUUCGUUUUGCAAUACAUGUUCCAUACAAAUAAUGAAUUUGUAUCUUUUUAUCUUUUUUUUUUUCUUUGUGCUGAAAGUUGUCUCAGUUUAGGUAAGGCUCUAUCUGUCCAAAAUCGUGUGUAGGUCACCAAUCCUGUAGUUGGUUUGGGUUUUCUGGGUGUGUGUGUGAGUUUUACAUCUGUUUAAAUGAAGGGAAGCCAACUGGAAACUGGAUAUAGAAGUUCUCUAUCUGUAUAUGUGAACCAAAUCUCUAGGUGCUCUGGGCUUUGGGAAAUUCUGAUUCCUCUUUAUGCUGAUGUAACACGGACUUCAUCAGAACCACUCUGGGUUCACAACAGCAGAUGAAAUCAAAAGUAGAUUAUAUGUUAAAGUCACAGAUUACUUAUUCAUAUGGCUUGGUAUGAAAGGUGCUCUCUAAAUGGAGGCAUGUUUACUAGCAGCCCAAUUUAAAACUUCACAAUUUUACUUUGAAACAGCCUUUAUUAACUAGCCUUUUCAGCUCUCCAAUUCAUAACUACUGUAAUUUUGCCUAUAGUUACUUUAAUUCUUGAGACUUCCAAGAUUUUUAUUGCAUGCCAGCUUAAAUGUUUCCUCUCCCUGCUCUUUUAUAGUAUAAUGACAUGUUGAACCUGCACGCAGGAAAAGCAGUUGUUCUUCAUCUGUUCUUGACUUCAGAACUAUAUGGGUUAGACUUUCAAAUGUAUGAGGCCUUACUCUGUUAUCAUUCCUGACCCAAAGCCAGAGGUGGAUCUCUGUCCCUAUAUUUUUCACUUUCUUCUCCAACACCCCUCUUCCCCAAAAAGGGACGUGUCCAUGGCGUAAGAGCAGCAGCAUAAAAUAUUUGUAAGAGAAGAUCAGUUGAAGCAAUGCUCUGCCUGUACUUUAAAGAUAGCAUUCCUAUUGGUUUGUAUCAAUGUGUCUUCAGCUUAAGUGUCCUUACUGUCAGAUGCAAUGUUCCUGAGGCAUAAAGAAGGCAAAAAAUACAGUAUGUUUUCUUGACUCUUCUGAUGCCAGUUCCCAGCUAUAAACUGGUUUAGGCACCAUUUAGUUCAGUCUAACUGCAUCAGUUUUGCUAGGAUCCUAUUAGAGUAAUAAAAUUAAACACAGUUAAACUUGACUUAAUUUACUCUUGAAAUAGCCUAAUUCAAGCAGAAGUUCUUUCUUCUAAGAAUCUUGUGUCUGUUGUAACUUGGUUAACCCUGAAGAGCCAAACACAGAUAUUCAUAGGUGCAAUCUCAUUCUGCUUUAUUUCUUUGGUUUAAAUACUCUUAAUCUAUUUCCAGGCUUUAAGUGUUCUGUAUUCUGAAUUUUCAACUGCUAUCCAAAGUUUUGUUUCAUUUGGGGCAGGGGAAAGAAAAGGAAGGGAGAAAGAGAUCAAUCUUUCUCUUCCAGCUGCUGUGAUCCAAAUUCUUCUCUUGUGAAGAUAAAUGUGGAACUGAUCAUCUGGGAAUAUCAUCCUUUCCCCUCUCUGCUUGUACCUCUGCAAGCUCUUAACUGUGAAUAUCCACAUAUACUAUUGAAAUCUACUUCUCUGGUGUAGAAAAGGAUUUAGUGUAUAUAAAUGGCUGCAGUCUGAUGUCCUGGAUUCUUAGGCUUAAAAUUUGGGACAUAUUGUUGUCAUUGCAACUGGCACCAUAAUUGCAAGAACUUUUCCCAGAAUCGCACAAAAAGGCUGAAGUUGUCAGAGACCUCUGGAGAUCGUCAAGUCCAGCCACCCUGUUCAAAGCAGGGUCAGCUAGAACAGGUUGCCCAGAACAUUGUCUAAUUGAGUUUAGAGCCUGCCCAAGAAAGAAGAGUCCAUAGUAAAAGUUCUUUUGUUUGUUGUUUUUUUGUUUUGCUUAAUGUUUAUAUGGAAGUUCUUUGGGUUCAUUGCCUGAUGUCCUUGCAUUGGGCAGCUCUGAGAAAAGCCUUGCCUUUUGUCUUUACUCCUCUCUGUCAAAAGGAGAGUUGGAGCACCCAGCAGUGCUUGAAAUAGCUUUUUAAAAUGAGACAAUUAUCUUUGAAAUAACCACUACUGGGGGGUGGGGGGAUGUUGCUGUGUGUAUGUCAUUCUGUAAUAAAGAUCCUGUGGUAAAGUAGUUAGAAUGCAAGACAUUUUUAGUAAUACUGGGCCAAAAAAACCCUAUUUAAGAUGCAGCAAGAUGCAUGUGUUGUCAUACUGAGAACAGUCUUGCAGUACUCUUUUUUUUUUUUAUAUUAAAGAAAACAACAACAAAACCCACUCCACAACCCUUUCCCCUCUCCCCCUUUCAAGCAACACAAGUUUGGCCUAUGAUACUAUUGUAGUUCAUGUUCAUGGGAAACUGUAUAAAGUCUACUUUUUAUUUAUCUUUGCUGUCUGUAUCAUAUGCUGUUUAUUAAAAAAAACACUUUGGUUUUUAUUCCACUUUUGAGUGUUAAUGUAUAUACUAACAACUAAAUUAAAAUAAUAUGGUUGGUAUGCUUGUGAAUCCUGAA